GGUACAAAAAGAGGAGAAUGACAAAAGAAGAGCCACCGCCCAUGGUCGAUUCCUCAAUGCCUUCAACUUCAAAAUCCACGUGUCAGAUCACGAUAACGUGCGAAAAUUCCGAAUCAGAAGAUUCUACGUGUUCAUCGUCAAUUUCCUCAUUUUUAAGUUUGGAUUUUGACAAACUCUCGUUGGAUUCAGAUCUUUGCGAAGGUCGCUACGAUCAAAAUCGGCCGGCACCAGGUCCGCAAUCUCUCCCUACUCGGAUUACUCAGAAUAUGCCACCGACGGCCAAAAAUGUCCAAUUUUAUCGGACUCCUGCUCACAAAUCUGGACGAUUUUUACCCUACGAAGUGCCCUUCAAAUUGAGACGCCGUCGGAAGGCAACCAAAGAUUCAUCACUGACGGAUAUUGAAGUUCUGCUGAAAAUUAAAUUGAAAGGAGACGUCGAAUCUCUGAGAAUGUGCAUAUUUGACAAAGAAAAUAUACUUCCGAAACCGUGUAGCGUGCAGGCGGCUCGUCCACCGUCUCCAGAAGCCGAAGAAGUCGACGAACUUUCCGAAUAUUUCACUCAUUUUGUCCGCGUUGAAUUGAAAAUGUCUUCGUUAGCUGAAUCGAUGUACGUUUGAUGAUGAAAACAGAGAAAAAAAGCAAAUCAAGACCGACUCAAGAAUGAAUAUCCAUCUUUUCAUGUACAUCUAUAUUCCAUUGUUUUGUUGCUAUAUUGCUCAUUGCUCCCCGUCUUUUGACCUACUACAGAUACUGUUUUAUCAUUGGAAAUCAAUAUGAAUUUUCAACAAAU